AUGAACUGUGUAGAAGUAGGAAGAGUCCACAGACUAUUGAAACUGCGUUCAACCGCUCACGGACGCGUUGGCGCAACCGCAGCGGUUUACACAGCCGCUAUUUUGGAGUAUCUAACCGCAGAAGUCUUGGAGCUCGCUGGUAACGCGAGCAAGGAUCUUAAAGUGAAGCGUAUCACACCGAGACAUUUGCAGCUCGCUAUACGCGGUGAUGAGGAGCUUGAUACUCUCAUCAAAGGAACUAUUGCUGGUGGUGGUGUCAUUCCUCACAUUCACAAGUCUCUCAUCAACAAAUCUGGCCAAGAAUGA